AUGGCGUUCGUGGUCUCUCCCCAUCUGAGAGCCGUGGCGGCCUGCUGCUCUGCCUUCCCGUUCACCGGAACAUGUUUUCAAGGCGCUCGGUUGAUGGCAGGCAGUGGUGGUAGAGGCCUGCACGGGAGUGGCCGGUUCCUCCAGAGAUUGCGGAUGCGACGCGCCUUUGGGGAUCCAAUCGAAAGGUCUGUUGCGGUCCUUCAAACCGAUGCGUGGCGGGAUCGAUCGCGCCGUGGAACUUGGUGGGACAAGAAGCUCAACUGCAUCGCCAUAGGAGGCCAGGAUUUUGCUCGGGAUACGCAGGAAGGGGGUGCGGAUCGAUUCGAGUUGAUCCCUGAUUCGGAUGAGGAAGGCCCCCAACAGGUUUCAUCCUUUGUUGCCGAGGACGAUGAGUUUGUGCCUGAAACAGAACCACAGGAUAUGCCUGUGGUGAAGCUCAUUGGCAAUACCAUGUUCCAUGAAUGGCGCAAGGUUUCGUUGGAGAGUGAUAAGGCAUGCACAAGCCAGAUUGGAACCAGCAAGGAAAACACAUGCACAAGGUACAUUGCAAGCAUCAAGGAAAAUGAUGAUAAAGAUGACACCAAGGACGAUAACGAGCAUAAGGCUAGCUUCUCGGAUAUAGAGCCAGACAACGAGGCUACACCAAUCAAUGUGUGGAAGGCAAGAGGUAAGGAGAACUAA